CAGUUUGCAUGUAUGUAAUCGUGUUUUUGCUCCGGUCAGUUCGGGUCUCGGUUCUCUGGGUCAGCAGCUCCGGUAUCUCUGCCCCUGGUUCGGUUCUGUAGCGGUUCACUCAGCUCCAGUAGCUCCUUCAUGGAGGACCCGUGAGGUUCGACCCGGACCGGAGCAGAACUCUCUGUGGGUGUGACAUCACAGCGUGAUGCGUCCCGAUGGAGGGGGCGGAGCCUAGCCGCUACGUGACCCAGCUGAGGGCGGAGUUUGACGGCUGCGACUCGACGGCGACGGGUUUCCUAGACCGGGAGGAGCUGACCGAGCUGAGCAGGAAGCUGCAGCUGGACGAACAUCUGCCGCUGCUGCUGGACACGCUGCUGGGGGAGCGGCCCCACGGCAGGGUGAACUUUGAUGAGUUUAAGAAUGGCUUGGUGGUGGUUCUGUCCCACUCUCUGGACUUCAGCACCUCAGAGGACGACAGCAGCUACCUGGAGCCAGCUGUCCUGCAGGAAGUGAAGCCAAAGUUUGUGAAGGGAGCAAAGCGUUAUGGCCGCCGCUCUCGACCCGAAACCCAGUCCAGUACCGGCCUGGACUCGACCCCGACCAGAACCAAACCCGUGGACCUGAACCUGGAUUCGUCCCCGCCCGGUGUCCGCAGGGCCAAACUGAGACGGUCCACGUCUCUGGAGAGCGUGGAGAGCCUGAAAUCUGAUGAAGAGACAGGAAGCAGCAGGAUGGACCAGCAGCUCUUUCACAAUAAAGCAGAUCAGCAGCAGGAAGCAGGAGGGAGAGCAGGAGGAUGUGAUGUGGCUGCAGUGUGUGAUCACCUGGACCUGCAGGACGCUCAGCUCCAGGGAUUGGACGCUAACCGAGAUGCUAAUCUGGACGCUAACCAGGAUGGACGGGUUACCGUCAGGAAGGUUCUGUGGAGCUCCGCCCCCACGCUAAGCUCCACCCCCAUCCGGUCAGCUGACCUGCAGAGGGCGCCACUCUGGAACAAGCAGCUGGUACCGGACGGCCCGGUCCGCUCCCUGCUGUCGGCCACUGUGGGCCCCAGGGUUCUGACCCGGCUGGACGACGGGUCGGGCGGCACCAGCCCAGAGCGCGUGGCGGCGCUGUGGGCCGAGGCGGGCAUCAGGAACAGCCAGCAAAUCCUGCAGAGUCUGGACUUCCCCCUGGAGGAGCGGCUCAGCCUAUCGGACCUGACCUUGGUUCUGGACAACGAGCUGCUGCUCAGCGCCAACUCUGUCCAUCAAGCGGCGCUCAUCUCCUACAGGACCGAGAUCCAGCACCUGCAGGAGGCUUUGGAGCAGGUCAGCAGGGAGCGGGACAAGCUGAGGUCCGAUCUGGACCGGGCCGACCAGCAGAACCUGCAGCUGGUCCGGGAGGCAGACGAUCGGCAUGCCAGCAUGGAGGCGCUCAACCAGAACCGGAUCAGGGAUCUGGAGUCGGACUUCAGGCGGCGAGCUGCGGCGCUGCGGCUGCAGGCGGAGCAGGAGAACGAGGCGCUGCUGCAGCAGGGCGAGCGAGAGCGCAGCGCGAUGCGGCAGGAGCUGCAGCUGCUGCGGGGCAAGGAGGCGGAGCUUCAGGAGGAGCUGGACGCCACCGCACUGGAGAAGCGGCGCCUGCAGCAGGAGCUCAGCUCCUUGCAGUCGGCGCUGAGGGAAUCAGACGGUUCUGUUCAGAGGCUGCAGACGGAUCUGGACCAGCUGCUGCUACACAAGCUCGGUGGUCUGGACCCGGCCGGCGCCGGCCUGAGCCACGAGGAACGGUUCUGUGAGCUGCUCCGAGAGUCGCAGCGCCAGUGCAGGGAGCUGCAGGACAGAAACGACGAGCUGAGCUCAGAGCUGCUGGAGGCCCAGAGGAGCAGCAGGAGGUCCUCCAGGCCAGCGGGGGGCGCCGGCAGCCAGCGCCACGCAGCAGACGUCCUCCAGAACCUUCAGCUCAGAGUGAUGAUGGUUCUGGUUCUGACCUGGUCAAACAUUCAGAACCUUCUGGACUCGAGCAGUUCCUCCUUCCUGGUUUCUGUCCAAUCAGAGAGCAGCAUGUUUCUCUCCCUCCCAAUAAUCAAGAGGAACCAGAAGGUUCUGAUCCUUUCUGGCUCCGAUUCUUGUCCAAUCAGGAGCGAUGUUGUGCAACAGAAUCACCAUAGCAACCACUGCCUUCCCUUCACAAUAAGAGCCGUCAGCCCGGUUCUGAUGGGGGAAGGUUCUGGAAGCUUUGGAACCAGGAGAACGGGUCGGACCGAGCCGCUGAGUCACAGGCUGCCAGAACCGGACCUGCAGGUCUGGCUAAGCCCCGCCCACCAACACACACCUGCAGAGCAGCAGAGUGUGUGUUGGUGUGUGAGCGGCGCCAUGUCUCUCAGUGACCCGGACAUGAGGAGCAUCCAGUCGGAGCUGGCACUGCAGCAGCUGAAGGAGAGCCACCAGGAGGCGCUGCAGCAGCUGCACAUCCAGCUGGAGACCCAGAUGAACUACUACGAGCGACAGCUGGACAUGAUGAAGCAGAACAUGGAGGUGGAGAGGAAGGACAUCUGCCAGGCCUUCAAGGUGGAGAUCAGUGAGCUGGAGGAGCAGAAGGUCCAGGUGGAGCAGCAGCUGAAGGAGGCGCUGACCCGCCUCCAGACCCAGCAGGGGGCGGGGCUUAGCGCCGAGGAGCAGCGCAGGGUGCAGCGGGAGCAGGCCGAGCUGGAGCAGAACUACGCCAGAGAGAUCAGCAACCUGGUGCAGAAGCUGAGCGCCGAGAAGGAGCAGCUGGAGGCGGAGCUUAAGCUGCACGCACAGCAGGAAGUGAUGCGCGUCAGGGCCCAGCUGGAGGCGGUCCGGUCGGAGAACGUGGCUCUGCAGGAGAGGCUGAAGGUUCUGCAGCAGACGGUCCAGAACCUGGAGGAUGAGUCUGAGAAGAGGAGGAGGAGGCAGCAGGAGGUGGAGGAGGAGCGGGAGAGGAGCAGAGAGGAGGAGGAGCGGCUCCACAGAGAGAACUCCCAGUACCGUGAGGAGGUUCUGGACCUGAGUGGCAGGAACCUGCAGCUCAGCAGUGACAACGGCGACCUUAGCAACCGUCUCCAUAGCGAGCAGGAGACGGUCCGGAUGCUGCGCAUUCGCCUAGCAACCAUUACCAAUGAACAGGAAGAGGAGGUGGCUGCUGUGAGGCGGCUGCAGGCGGAGCUUAGCGGGGUGAAGGCGGAGCUUCAGAAGGUGGAGGAGGAGAGGGAAGAGCUGCAGAAAGACAGGGAGCAGCAGAAACGCUACGUAAGAUUGCAGCAGGUGCAGCAGCAGGUGCAGCAGCGUGUCGCCGCCCUGCAGGCGGAGGCCGAGCUGCUGCGCUGCCAGCUGAUGGCCGCCACGCAGGAGAAGCUGGGCCACGCCCAGGAAGUGACGGAGCUCCACAGGAAGCUGAGGGAGGCGCUCAGUAAGGUGGAGGAGCAGCAGGCGGAGGCCCGGAGGUUGAUGGAGGAGAAGGCGGAGCUCCAGCAGAACCUGCAGACCCACAGACUCACAGUCCAGAACCAGGAGCUGCAGCAGCAGAACCUGAGCCAUGACCAGCAGAACCUGAAGUCCAGACUGGACCAGGCCGAGACGGCGCGGACACAAGCAGAGGACCAGGUGCAGCGGGCAGAUGUGGCGCUAGGCCUGGCCAAGGCGCAGCAGCUGCAGCAGCUGCAGGAGCUGCAGGAGCUGCAGGAGCAUGCGGGCAGCAGGCAGCAGCUGCAGGCGGAGCUGCAGGCGGAGCGGGGGCGGAGCCAGCAGCGACAGGCGCAGCUGGAGCUGCAGCUGCAGCAGAGCAGAUCCCAGGCCAGCCUGAAGCAGGAACAGUUCGACAGAGCGGCAGCGGCGCUGCAGCAGCGGGCCGCCGGCCUGGAGGCGCAGCUGAAGGCGCUGCGCGUCGUGCUGCAGGACAACGUGCAGCAGCUGAAGGAGCAGAUGGAGCGGAGCAACAAGACGAGCGGCGUGCUGAAGGACCUGCACCUGCAGAAUGCGCAGCUGCUGGCGGCGCUGCAGGUCACAGAGCUGCGGCAGAAACAGGCAGAGAAGAAGAACAGCCAGCUGGAGGACAAGGUCACAGUGCUGGGGGCGCUGCUGAGGGAGGUGGUGGCCGCCGCCAUGACCUCCAGCUGACCUCUAGCUGGGAGCCGGCGACCUUCAGCAAGGAUCGUCCAAUCAGAGCUGAGGAUCGUCCAAUCAGAGCUGAGGAUCGUCCAAUCAGAGCUGACGAUCGUCCAAUCAGAGCUGACGAUCGUCCAAUCAGAGCUGAGGAUCGUCCAAUCAGAGCUUUUAUCUGCUCUGGUUCCAUUCAGACAUUUGAAGCUGGUUUUACUCUAAAUGGAGGGUUUUUUAUUUGUUUUCUUCAGAUUUUAUUCUGUCUGAAAUGAUUCAGCUUUAAGGGGAAUUUUAUAGAAAAACUGAUUAUUUCUAAUAAACGUUUUUAAUACCAUC